AUGGCGACUUCAACGUCAAACCAUCAUCUUGCCCCUCCUUCAACUUCGAACAUGGGCCUUCCAAUUUCCAACGGCAACGGUCUUGGUGAUGUGCCUUCGCCGCCGCUUUCACCGGGCAAGCAACACCCACCACCAUCACCUCGAACACACUCAAAAUCUAUUUUAACCAUCGCAUUACAGAAAGCCCAGUCAGCCGUGUUACUUGACUCUGCUAAUAAUGUGAGUGCAGCUUUGGCGGCAUAUAGACAGACUGUCAAGCUUUUGUUACAAGUAAUUGAUAAAGCGGCAAAUGAAACUGAUCGUCGAAGGCUACAACAUAUAUAUGACACAUAUGCGGACCGAAUACGAUUAUUAUCGACGAUAGCGCCCCAGAAUGAAUUAGACGAUAAUAAUGAUGAUGAUAGUGGUGGCGGUGGUGGUCGUAAUAAAGAUGAUGAAUUUGACAACUGUGGACUUCAGAAUCGUGCAUCAUACAAGCGCAUUAACGAUGAAUCAGAAAGUCGUCAUCGUCGUAAAUCAAAGAGGAAUUCAUCGUCAACUAUCAACUUAAAUGGUGUCAUCCACCGUAAUGAUGACCAUGACAAUAAUAAUGAUUCAAUAAAAUCAGGAACAAUAAAAUCAUCAAUAGAUAAUGUUAAAAAUCAUCCUCAUAAUAAUACUGAUAUUGAUAAUUCGUUAUUGGCGUUAUCACCAAAUAAUCACAAAAGACGUACACACAAGUCAAACUCCUCAACUUCUACAACAAAAUCAUGGAACUCUUCCCGAAUGUCUCUCAUAUCUGAUAAGACGACGCCACCAGGAUCAGAUUAUGAAUCAGCAAUUGAAAAAAGAGAGUCAAUUGGAGAAUCGACAGAAUCCGUAGAAGCUUUGAAUAGCUCUGACGAUACUGCUUCGAGCACUGAUGAUGCUACUACAAGUAAUAAUGACAACAACAACAAUACGCGUAAAAAUAUCCAUAAAAAUUCAUUAUCAUCUUCAUCUUCUUCAUCCUUACCGAUAUCAAUGGAUAAUAAUCGAUCUACAGCAGCAACGGUAACGGCAACAAUGGCCGGUCCUAUACAUAAUAGUAGUUUAACAAAAGACAAUUCAUCAUUACCUUCAUCCUCUUCAUCAAAAAAAUCACCUAAAUCAUUAUUAUUGUUAUCAACGCGUUCGAAAUCACCCGAUAAAAUGACAUCCAUAAAAAAGAAUGAUAAAAAUAUAUCAAAAAAAUCCAAAUCACCUGAAUUCAUAUCAUCAUCGUUGUCAAAAAAUAUCAAUACUUCAGAUAAUAACAAACAAGAUGAAUCAUUAUCAAUAAAAUUGAAUAAUAUCACUCCUCCUAAUGAUACUGCUGCAUCUAUGAAAAGUCAGAAGACAAUAACAACAUCGUCGCCAUCUUUUAACAGCCGACGUCCAUCUCCACUUUCAUUAACACAAGAGAACGACAGUUAUAAUUCUCGAACUAUUCCUGUUCUUGGGGAUACAGCGUCAUCAAAUCCUUUAGCUUCAUCUUCUGUCACGACAACAACUACCAAUCCUCAUAAUGCCACUACUACCCAAUCAUUAGGCUUAAUAGGCGCUGUUCCACCACGAAGAGCUGCGUCGAAUCCUGGUCAACCUCGGAAAAAUAACUCAAAUCAAAUGUUAUCCGAUGACGUUUUGGGUCAACCAAAUAAAACAGGUUUACCUGAACCACCACCGACCGAUGUGCAUCUAAGACCAUUCUGGUUAAUGCGGACAUUAGAACGUACAAUGACAACUGGUGGCUACUUAACAAAGAAAUUAUUUGUACCCAAUAAUAUGUGGGUGCAAGCAAAUGUUAAAUUAGCAUCGGUGGAAACUAAAGUUUCUAGUUGUGAAUUAAUUCAUAACUGUCUGGUGAGAUUAGAAAAAACGACUAUUGAUGAUUUGGAUUCACUAGUAAAGGAAUUGGAUUCAAUUGAAACUGACUUUGAUGGAAUCCAAAAUUCAUUAGCUCGAAAAUUGAGCUAUGUUGAAUCGACAAAUGGAAAAAGUCGUCAAAACACAGCUCUUAUGAACUGGGGAUCAAAAUUAUCACAACGACUUGAUCGCAUGGGUAUGGGAAAUGUUGCUAAUCGAAGUGAAGAGGCAAAUAAUUAUGUGGAGAUGUUAUUAAAAGUGUUUCAAAACGCUCAUGUUGUUG